GCAGAGAAAAACAUCUUUCUUGGCUACCUGGCUCCAACCAUUGUGCAGCUGCAAUGUGAUAUGAAUGACCUGUUGGAUGAGAGCAAAAAGCCCACUGCAGCAGAUGGUCUCAUUACAUGCCGACCCCUCAUAAAGAGUAUCUUGGAGUCACUGAGCACAAGGCUGGCAGGUCUUCUGGAGAAGAGGGACCACAUACUCUCUGCUAUGCUGGUGCCAAGAUUCAAGCUAGACUGGGUCCACGAUGAGGAAAAAAGUAAGCAGUACAGAUUGAUGCUGAAAAGAGAAUUUCAAACCCUCAACUCUGAUGACUCAGCUGCAAGAGACUCAGGUCAAGCCCAGUCCAGUGGUAAAAGUGACAAGAAAGAUCCUGCAGCAUCAUUCUUCAGAUUUAACAAAAAUCCUGAGGCUUUAAAAAAAUCUGAAGUGGACACCUAUUUGGAUGCUCCAACCACAGAUGGGUUUGAUGAAUUCAUGCAGUUUCCAAAGCUCAGAAGGCUGUUCAUAAAACACAACACUGCCCUGCCCUCAAGCGCUCCAGUAGAGAGGCUCUUUAGCAUCGGUGGUCUAAUAUUCAGACCGAGGAGAAACCGCCUGGGAGAUGCCAACUUUGAGAAGCAGCUGAUCUUGAAUGCCAACAAAAAGAUUUGAAGGAAGAAAAAACAGCAGAUCUACCAGGGAGAGACCACUGUGACCGAGGAUCUUCAUUCAGAUAAGGGAUUUUUGGGCUGGACAGAAAAUAACACUGUCCUUGGCCCUGCAUACUUUUCAUUUAUUAGUAUUAUUUUAGUUAUUUAUGUGGACUGUAACCAGUGACAGAUAAUCAUUCAGUUAAGUGAAUGAGUCAGUUAAGUUAUAAGUUAUUUUCACUCACUGGACAGAAAGUAGAAGCACAGUCCAUGGCCUUGGAACCAGACUCUGAGUCUUUUAAGUUAUUUUUUUUUUUUAUUUUACUUAUUCAAUGGCCAAAAAAUUGAAAAGUGGCUUGAUAAUGUUUAAAUGUUUUGCACUUUGAAUAUUGCACUUUCAAGUUCAACCUUUAAUUCCUACCUCAGCCUGGUCCCUCAGUUUUUGUUAGUUAAAUGUUCUUGAGGGUUUUACUAUUUUUGUAACUUGUUUGU